AUGGUUACCGGUCCGAUAUCAGACAGGAUUGGGCGUCGUCCCGUCAUCGUGGGCGCUAUGACAAUAUUCAUGGUCUCGCAGUUCCUUGUAGCCAAUGCCUGGGACUUGGGAAGCUUCGCUGGCUUCCGCGCUAUGGGAGGUGUCGCUGCUGGUACCCGUCCGGUGAUCAUGGCGUUCAUCCUCGAUAGCAGUCGAUACGAGGACAUGAAGAUGUACGGUGUUAUGUUUGGAUUGUGUGUUGUGGUCGGCCAAGCAGUCGGACCAAGCAUUGGUGGAGCUUUGGCCGAGAUAACUCUGUCCUUCCCCUUCUACUUCGUCGGUGUGCUAGGAGCGAUCCUUGUAUUGCUGCUUCUGUUGUUCCUCACUGAAUCGUUGCAUAAAGAUGAGAACGGCAUGCCUAUACGAAGAACGGGAGGACCUGAGGUCGUCAUGGCUAAGAACAAGUUCCUGUGGCCCACGGUCGCCUGUAUGGCCUUGGCAGCUUUCGCAGGACAGUAUAUAGAGAUCAACUGGUCUACUGUAUUCGGCCUGCUAGGCUCGGAGCAGUAUCAUCUCAACCCUAGCCAGAAUGGUGGAGUUCUCAGUAUUGGUGUCCUUGCGAUGAUUGCUGUGAAUAUUGUUUACGUGCCGGUUACUCGUGUUAUCGAGCCGGCUCUGGUGGCAAGCAUUGGUCUGUUCUUUUCUUGCCUUAUCGUUAUCGUUCCCUUUAUACACAACCUGGUCGGGGUUAUUUUCUUGGGCAUGGCUAUCCAAGGAGGAGCGAUGUGUUACUUUGCCGGUAUGGGGUACUUCUCGGCAAGUGUUUGCCCCCCUAAAACGAGAGGACUCGUCAAUUCUGUCAUCAUGGCCUCUGCGAAUUCUGGUGGAAUUUUCGGUCCAUUCGCUGCCGGUAUUCUGUACGGCUUGAACACAGCCGCUCCGUUCUACCUGUCUGUCGGUGUCUCCUGUCUCGGAGGCCUAGCCUGUUUUGGUAUCCAGAUGGGUAUAGCACAUCAGUCGAAGUUAAAUGAUGAUGCUGUAGAAGGACUAAUGACUGAUGUUCAUGACGAUCAGUCUACUACUCGCACAUUUUCGGUUUAA